CUAGAGGCUCAUAAGAUUCAUUAUCUUUGUGGUACAUCUAUAGUUCUUCUUUUAUCAUGGGGUUAGGGUUUUCACGGAAUAGUGUUCGUUUCAGGACGACGUCUGCAAAAAAGCAAGACCUAUACAAACAGUCCCACGAGUCCCUCAUGCGUGUUAUCCUCAAGGUAGGAAUAUAGUACAUUACCAGGGCGCAAAAGAAAAGGCACGAGAGUCAUUUGGUAUCGUCUAAAAGGAUGUGGUACCUAUUUCGCAAACCUUAUCCCGCUGUACCCAAACCAAGGCUACAAACUCGCAACACGCCGGAGCCUCUAAUGUGCGCGGUCUGCAAAUUGGGAGGAAUACCUGCUGCGUCUGUCGGAGGAUGAACGAAGGGCCACGCAGAAAGAGGUCCAGAUCCGCUGCGGAAACCGUGGGACUGAAGAAUACCUCGAUAGAAAACCAGGUGGACUGCGGGGACAUCAAGGUACGUUAUUCUCGUCCGGGGAUGCAGAAGAGGCUCUGUUCAUAUGUUCCAGCGGACCCAAAUAUUGCCACCAUAUCAAAGGUUUCACUGAGCAAGAAAUGGAAAGAUCUCAAGCAAGCUGGUAUCGACCCAAUCGAUCAUCCUCGCAGGCCAGAGAUAGUAUGGUCACGUAAAUCGUACCUUACGAAUCGCAAGGAGUUGGAAACGCGAAGAGACAUACUUUUGGCUAAUGAGGAGGGCUGAACUACUGAGUCAAGAGUUGAAGAAGAGGAACUUCAACUCAAAAAGAAGGCUGAAGUCUUAGGCAGCUGUCGACAUAGGAAGGUUGUGCAGACUGCCCCCAUCCCCUCGGGCCUGUAUGCGGUACAAAUUAUGCUGAAGUGAAACCAGAGAAAUUCCUGAGUUCUGUGACGAAAGAAACAAUAUGUCUAGGUUAUUAGGCAGACUGCAGAUAAAAAAUUAUAAGCAUGCGGGUAACUAAGUCUAGUCGGUGGUAGCAAUAGGUCAAGUUCUCCGCAGUUUUGUCCUAGCCAUUGUACGGUCCAUCAUCGACUCGUAAAAAUUCG